CCACUCAGCAGGAUGGGUGAUGCUCAAAGCUCCCUCAUUAGACAACAGACACGAGAGGAAGAGAAAAACCAUUCAGAAGAGACUCUUCUUCAUUGCCUCAUCCUAUGGAGGAAUCACCACUGCCCAUCUACAUUGAGGAGGGGACAGAAGUCCCGAUUGAAAGCAGAAAUAUGGCAACGAAGGAGAAGCUGCAGUGCUUGAAAGAUUUCCACAAGGACAUCCUGAAACCUUCCCCCGGCAAGAGCCCGGGCACUCGGCCUGAGGACGAGGCAGAAGGGAAGCCGCCCCAGCGGGAGAAGUGGGCGAGUAAGAUUGACUUUCUGCUGUCCGUGGCUGGUGGAUUUAUUGGUUUAGGCAAUGUCUGGCGUUUCCCGUAUCUCUGCUACAAAAACGGCGGAGGUGCAUUUCUUAUACCUUAUUUCAUUUUCCUGUUUGGGGGAGGUCUUCCCGUGUUUUUCCUGGAGGUGGUGCUAGGACAGUAUACCUCCGAAGGUGGAAUUACAUGCUGGGAAAAGAUCUGCCCUAUUUUCACUGGAAUUGGUUAUGCUUCCAUAGUGAUUGUGUCCCUUCUGAACGUGUACUACAUCGUCAUCCUGGCUUGGGGACUCUACUACCUGUUCCAGUCGUUCCAGAGCGUCCUGCCCUGGGCGCACUGUCACCAGAAGUGGAACACGCCGACCUGUGUGGAAGACACUCUCAGGAAGAACAAAACUCUCUGGAUAUCACUGAAUGCCACUAACUUCACUUCUCCUGUCACUGAGUUUUGGGAGCGCAAUGUACUGAGCUUGUCCUCGGGAAUUGAAGAUAUCGGUAUUAUCAAGUGGGAUCUAGCAUUGUGUCUCCUCCUUGUCUGGGUGAUAUGUUUCUUCUGCAUUUGGAAAGGAGUCAAGUCCACUGGGAAAGUUGUGUACAUCACUGCCACGUUCCCAUUCCUCAUGCUCCUUGUUCUGCUAAUCCGUGGGGUGACCCUGCCUGGAGCUGCAGAAGGCAUCAAGUUUUAUCUUUAUCCUGAUAUCUCACGGUUAGCUGAUCCACAGGUCUGGAUAGAUGCAGGGACACAAAUCUUCUUCUCAUAUGCAAUCUGCUUAGGAGCAAUGACUUCCCUGGGGAGCUACAACAAGUACAAAUACAACUGCUAUAGGGACUGUUUGCUGCUGGGAUGCCUGAACAGUGGUACCAGUUUUGUGUCUGGCUUCGCAAUUUUUUCCGUCCUGGGCUUCAUGGCACAAGAGCAAGGGGUGAACAUUGCUGAUGUGGCAGAGUCAGGUCCAGGCCUGGCCUUCAUCGCCUACCCGAAAGCCGUGUCCAUGAUGCCGCUGCCCACCUUUUGGGCAAUCCUUUUCUUUAUUAUGCUUCUGUUGCUUGGACUGGAUAGCCAGUUUGUUGAAGUUGAAGGACAGAUCACGUCAUUAGUUGAUCUGCACCCAUCCUUCCUAAGGAAGGGUUACCGACGGGAAAUCUUCAUCGCUAUAGUAUGUUUCCUUAGCUAUCUUCUGGGACUAACUAUGGUGACUGAGGGUGGCAUGUAUGUUUUUCAACUCUUUGACUACUAUGCAGCUAGUGGUGUAUGCCUUUUGUGGGUUGCAUUCUUUGAAUGUAUUGCUGUAGCCUGGGUUUAUGGCGCUGAUAAUAUUUAUGAUGCCAUUGAGGAUAUGAUUGGAUACAGACCUGGUCCUUGGAUGAAAUGGAGCUGGAUCGUGAUCACACCAGUUCUCUGCGUGGGGUGCUUUAUCUUUUCUUUGGCCAAGUACAAACCGCUGACCUACAACAAGGUCUACACAUACCCAGACUGGGCAAUCGGCCUGGGCUGGGUUCUUGCCCUUUCCUCCAUGAUCUGCAUCCCUAUGGUGAUGGUCAUCCGCAUCAUACAGUCAGAUGGGUCACUCAUUGAGAGGAUAAAAGCGGUGGCUGCCCCCAAGGAAGUGAAUCGGUGGUCCAAAGACACGGAGAGCGGCACUCCCUUCUGCCCCAAUGGGACGUCGAAUGGCGGAUUGAUCAAGCCAACUCAUAUCAUUGUGGAAACCAUGAUGUGAGCUCUCUCUGUGAGAGGAUAAACCUGCUUUAACUGCCGUUUACUAACCAUAGAUUCUCAUAGGACCAGGUUUACAGAGCUUUAUAUUUGCACUAGGAUUUAUUUUUAUUUCUCACAGAGAAAGUUAUUUUUUGUGUGUGUUUUUUUUUUUAAUAUUUUGUAAGGUAAUCACAGCAGAUGUCUCUCUGUAGAGGGAGAGCUUUCAUAUCAGACUAGACAUAUUACAGGAAUUUACUAUUAUUGGUUUUUUUAAAUAUAUAUAUCUUUAUCUCUAAAUAUUAUACACCUUACCACUUGAAUUGAUUGUCUUGCCAGCAAUAUAUUCAAGUUUCAGAAAGCAAUUUCAGGUGCUGGUAUGGUUGGGAGCAGGGUAACCUACAGAACACACAGAAGAAGCUCUGUUGAGAGAUUGAG